GCGGCACAAAAGGGGCUGCAGCAGCCCGGCUCGGCUCGGCAUCCCCGGCCCCAGCCGUUCUCCGCGGCCGGAGGGAGGAGAAGGAGGAGGUGGUGCCGGGCGUGCCGGGCCGCUCCGCUCCCGAGCAGGAGGAGGAGGAGGAGGAAGGCGGCGGGGGGCUGCGGGCUCGCCUCGCCCCGUUCCGCCGCGGCCGGCUCCGAGCCAUGCCGGGGGGGCGGCGGAGGGGCCGGGGGCGAGCGGCAGCCUCGCCCCGCCGGGGGCCCGGCGGGCACCGACGCUGCGCCGGGCGGGGGAUGAAGAUGAGACGCCAUAAGCUCUUUCUGACUCUCUGCAUGGCUGGUCUCUGCCUCAUCUCCUUCUUGCACUUCCUGAAGGCCCUUUCCUAUGUCACCUUCCCCCGGGACCUGGCUUCACUUAGUCCCAACCUUGUCUCCAGCUUCUUCUGGAACAAUGCCCCCGUCACGCCUCAGGUUAGCCCUGAGCCAGGGGGCGCAGAGCUGCUCCGCACACCCCUGUACUCCCACUCGCCCUUGCUCCAGCCCCUGCCUCCCAGCAGAGCCAGUGAAGAGCUGCACAAGGCCAACUUUGUGCUGCCAGAAGACACAACAGAAUACUUUGUCCGCACCAAAGCCGGCGGCGUCUGCUUUAAACCAGGCACCAAGGUGUUGGAGAAGCCACCCACGGGAGGGCGGCCGGAGGAGCGAGCGGAUGGCGUGGCCUCGGGGCGGCCCGCUCGCAAGCCACUAAGCUCCCAGACCAAGAGGCGCAAGUGGGUGGAGUGUAUGUGCUUGCCGGGCUGGCAUGGCCCCAGCUGUGGUGUUCCCACCGUGGUCCAGUACUCCAACCUGCCCACCAAGGACCGCCUGGUGCCGCGGGAGACCCCCCGGCGGGUCAUCAACGCUAUCAACAUCAACCAUGAGUUUGACCUGCUGGACGUCCGCUUCCACGAGCUGGGAGACGUGGUGGACGUCUUUGUGGUGUGCGAGUCGAACUUCACGGCCUACGGAGAGCCGCGGCCCCUCAAGUUCCGCGAGAUGCUCCUCAAUGGCUCCUACGACUACAUCCGCCACAAGGUGCUCUACGUCUUCCUGGACCACUUCCCCGCCGGUGGCCGCCAGGAUGGCUGGAUCGCUGACGAUUACCUGCGCACCUUUCUCACCCGGGACGGCGUCUCUCGCCUCCGCAACCUGCGCCCAGAUGAUGUCUUCAUCAUUGAUGAUGCCGAUGAGAUCCCAGCCCGUGAUGGUGUCCUCUUCCUCAAGCUCUAUGACGGCUGGACGGAGCCCUUUGCCUUUCACAUGCGCAAGUCUCUCUAUGGCUUCUUCUGGAAGCAACCAGGCACCUUGGAGGUGGUCUCAGGCUGCACUAUGGGGAUGCUGCAGGCUGUCUACGCUACUGACGGCAUCCGUCUGCGGCGCCGCGAAUACUACACCAUGCCUGGCUUUCGGCAGUAUGAGAACAGUACAGGACACAUCCUGGUGCAGUGGUCGCUGGGCAGCCCCCUCCACUUUGCUGGCUGGCACUGCUCCUGGUGUUUCACCCCAGAAGGGAUCUACUUCAAACUGGUGUCAGCCCAGAAUGGGGACUUCCCCCGCUGGGGUGACUACGAGGAUAAACGAGACCUCAAUUAUAUCCGGGAGCUGAUCCGGACUGGUGGGUGGUUUGAUGGUACUACGCAGGAGUAUCCCCCUGCUGACCCUAAGGAGCACAUGUAUGCUCCCAAGUAUCUGCUCAAGAACUACCAGCGAUUCCACUACUUGUUGGAGAACCCGUACCGAAAAGCGGAGGGGGCUGGGUGAGACCACUGGGACUCAUGUGGGAAAUCAGAACUUUACAACAAAGGGAAAGAGUCGGGUGUCUUUUGUCUGUUUCUUUUUUUUUUUUUUAUAUUCCAGGUGGGGUGUGCCAUUUCUCCAUGGUCUCUGCUCUCCCUUCCUCCCUUCUCCCUGGGGUAAUGCCUGGGGACACAAAUUCCUCGGUCAGCUGAAGGGAGGCCUGGGCAGGAGGAGGGGAGAGGUGCAGGACCUACCCUGACAGUAGCAUAAAGAUUUCCCUUCAUCUCCUGGACCCUUCCUGCUGGCUGGGGAGAAUCUCUGCAUCCAGCUGGUGGGUUUUCCUCCAGGGGAGGCUGGGGAGGUCUGCUGGGGAGAGAGGGCAGCUGUUCCCAUCCAUCCUCGUUUGCUGUGGAUCGGAGCAAGCACAGAUGUGAGUUUGGGCUAUUCAGUGAGCGUGUGAGUCAGCAGGCACAAACUGAUGUGAGUGGUCAUGUGUGUAGGUGUGUGUCACAGGCAUUUUUUUGGAUGAGUGAAUGUGCAAAAGCAUCUCAAUAUGCAUUUAUUUUUUUAUAUACCUCUAUAUUCAAAGUACUUGGGGGAAGGUGAAACCUUUGCUUCCACGGUGUUCUCCCCAGUACACAGCCUCCUCCCACAAACUUAAUGCGUCUGUCCUGGGCUGUGUCUUGGCCUGAUGCUUUGCCAGUCCUGGAGCAAGCAGGCAAGCAGAUGGGAAGCAGAGGAGAAAGCUGACCUUUUUUUUUUUUUUAACUCCUUUUUCACCCCUGCCCACUCAACGCUGCACUGGCUUGGCCAACUGGAGCUGAAGCAUCUUCCCUGCCGUAUGUGCUUCUUUCGGGGCUGGGAUAAGCUGCAGGGGAUUAAAUCAGAUGGUGGGAGUGUAUGUUUACAAGUGCAUGGUUUCCUAUGUGCAUGAGUGCUAACAUGCAUGGUUUUGGUAUGCACGUGGAUGUUUGUUACCAGUAUUGGGAGGGAAGGGGGCAUAGGCUGGGCUUGGGUGUGUAUGUUUUCAGGAAAUGGUGAGAUCCAUAAGCUGUGAUCUGUCUUGGCAUGGAUGACAUUUUGGGGAAUGCAUAGGAGAGGUUCAGGGAGAGCAUCAUCUCCGCAUAACAGAGUGUGACACACAGAACUGUUGUGUGUCUCUUCAGCUGCCUCCGUAGCCUGUUGCAGGGCUGCUGUUUACACAUGCUGGCUAUCCCUUCUUGCCAUGGGGGAAAGGAGAGGAGAAGGGCAAAGCUGAGUCAGCGAUGGGUGUUGUGGGGAAACACAAAGCAUGUCAAAGCAUGGGACCCACCUGCCUGCUCUUAAGUUGAGAGGGAACUCACAGAGAAAGGGGCCAUGGGCAGACUCCCCCUGGGGCCAAAAAAAA